AUGGUUCGUUCUGUUGACCACGAUCAAGCUGAUGAAGAUAUCAACCGAAACCCAAUCAUCAUAGAUUCACAAUCUGCCCUUUUACUCACUCUAUCUCUCUUCUUUAUCCCCCUUACUCACUCUAUCUCUAUCCCCCUUACUCACUCUAUCUCUCUUCUUUAUCCCCCUUACUCACUCUAUCUCUAUCCCCCUUACUCACUCUAUCUCUCUUCUUUAUCCUCCCUUACUCACUCUAUCUCUCUUCUUUAUCCUCCCUUACUCACUCUCUCUCUUCUUUAUCCUCCCUUACUCACUCUAUCUCUCUUCUUUAUCCUCCCUUACUCACUCUAUCUCUCUUCUUUAUCCUCCCUUACUCACUCUAUCUCUCUUCUUUAUCCUCCCUUACUCACUCUAUCUCUCUUCUUUAUCCUCCCUUACUCACUCUAUCUCUCUUCUUUAUCCCCCCUCACUCUAUCUCUCUUACUCACUAUAAAUUUUUUCUAUAUUCUCUCUUCUCUACCUCACACCGUGUUCAUUUCCUCUCAUUCAACUUCUUUCUCUCUCAACCGUUUCUCUUUCCCCAUCUUCUCCUGCUUCCUCUCAUAUUCCUCGAUCAUUCCCCAUUUUGCAAGUAGUCUAUUAAGAUAUCCCCCUCUCUCUUCAUCUAUCAUCUCUUUCUCUCUCUAUCAUCUCUCUCUCUCUUCCUCUAUCAUCUCUCUCUCUCUUCCUCUAUCAUCUCUCUCUCUCUCUCUCUUCCUCUAUCAUCUCUCUCUCUCUCUCUCUUCCUCUAUCAUCUCUCUCUCUUCCUCUAUCAUUUCUCUCUCUCUCCUUUCAUUUCUCUCGGUCUCUUUUAUCAUCUCACUCUCUCUCUUCCUCUAUCAUCUCUCUCUCUCUCUCUCUCUUUCCGGUUUCUCUUCACAUCAUCUCCUCCUCUUUUCACAUGUCUCCAUCUCCCUCUUUUUACAAUGUUUUUUCUUCACCCUCUCUUCUAUUCGUCUAUCACACCCCCUCCUUUUUACUAGUUUUCUCUUCCCCAUCAUCUCCCUAUUUAUACAACGUUUAUUUUCUUCCUCCUCUCCUCACAUUCCUCUAUUAACUCUCCUUUCUUUUUUCCUUUUUUUUUUACAAUAA